GAGCGGCGGGCUGCGGCGGCCUGGAGAAGAAAGGAACAUGGCUCCUGCAGCUGGCAAAGCGGAGCGGGGCGAGCCCCGGCGCGCCAAGCUGCAGUGACCGCUCGCUCUCCAGCCAUGGUGAACCCGAGCCGCGUAAAACCCCAGCUGGAGGGGGGGACGCCCAGGAGAGCCCAGCCGCUGCCUCCACCGCGCUCUGGCGAGCCAGCAGCGGCCCGGGGCAGGCUGACCAUGCCAGCCCCCGGCGCUGACGGCGGCGGCGGCCUCGCGGCCCCGGGCCUCUCCUCACCGGGCGGCCUCCGGGAGCAACGAGGGCUGGAGAUCGAGAUGGAGCGAAUCCGCCAGGCGGCGGCUCGCGAUCCCCCGGCCGGAGCCUCAGCGUCGCCCUCUCCGCCCCUCUCGGCGUGCUCUAGGCAGGCGUGGAGCCGGGAUAAUCCGGGCUUCGAGCCGGAGGAAGAUGACGAGGACGACGACGAGGAGGUGGAAGGGGAGGAAGGCGGCAUGGUGGUAGAGAUGGACGUGGAGUGGCGUCCCGGCAGCCGAAGGUCGGCCGCCUCCUCCGUGGUCACCUCUUCUUGCAACAGUGGCCUAGGGCUCGGCAGCUUCCACGGCACUAACCUCCAGAGCGGCCGCCGGAGGAGGAGGGAGACCCAAGGCCCCAUCUGCGCCACCUCCGCGGGUCCCGGAGAGUCGCUGCAUCGCCACCUCCCCCUAGACGGGCCGCAGCCGCAGCCGCCGCCGCCCCGAGUGUCCGGGGCCAAGAGAUUGCUCCAAGCGCUGAGAGGUCUCUGGGGAACAAGACUGAUGGAAGAAAAUAAUACAAGCCGAGAAAAAUAUCUAAAAAGUAUUUUGCGAGAAUUGGUUACAUACUUCUUCUUUCUUGUGGUUUUGUGUAUCUUGACCUAUGGGAUGGUGAGCUCCAGCAUGUACUACUAUACGAGGGUGAUGUCACAGCUUUUUUUAGAAACACCUGUGUCCAAAAUGGAGAAAACAAAUUUCAAGACACUCUCCACAAUGGAAGACUUCUGGAAGUUCACAGAGGGCUCCUUGUUGGAUGGCCUCUAUUGGGAGAUGUGGUACAGCAACAGAACAGUAGCUGAAAACCGGAGUUUCAUUUACUAUGAGAACCUCCUUUUGGGUGUGCCCCGAAUCCGUCAACUCAAAGUCAGAAAUGGGUCUUGUUCUAUCCCCCCAGAUCUAAGAGAGGAGAUUAAAGAAUGCUAUGAUGUUUAUUCUGUCAGCAAUGAAGAAAGAGCUCCAUUUGGUCUCCAACAUGGAACAGCUUGGACUUACACAAGUGAAAAAGACUUAAAUGGGAGUAGUCACUGGGGAUUGAUUGCAACGUACAGUGGGGCAGGCUAUUAUCUGGACCUGUCAAGAACCAGAGAAGAAACUGCAGCACAGAUUGCUAGUCUCAAGAAAAACAUCUGGUUAGACAGAGGGACCAGAGCAACUUUUAUUGACUUCUCAGUAUACAAUGCCAACAUUAAUCUUUUUUGUGUAGUCAGAUUAUUGGUUGAGUUCCCAGCCACUGGUGGAGUGAUUACAUCUUGGCAGUUUCAACCUGUGAAGCUGAUUCACUACAUCUCAACAUUUGAUUUCUUCCUGGCGAGCUGUGAGAUCAUCUUUUGUUUCUUUAUCCUUUAUUAUAUAGUGGAAGAGAUUUUGGAAAUUCGUAUUCACAAAUUGCAUUAUUUCAGAAGUUUCUGGAACUGUCUGGAUAUCAUGAUUAUUGUGCUGUCAGUUGUAGCUAUUGGAAUUGACAUCUACAGAAAAUCCAAUGUGGAAUUGCUGCUGAAAUACCUUGAAGAUCAAAAUACUUUCCCCAACUUGGAGCCUCUGGCAUAUUGGCAGAUACAGUUCAAUAAUGUGGCAGCUGUAAUGGUUUUCUUUGUCUGGAUUAAGCUUUUUAAAUUCAUCAACUUCAACAGAACCAUGAGUCAGCUGUCCACCACCAUGUCUCGCUGUGCCAAGGAUCUUGUUGGCUUUGCAAUUAUGUUUUUGAUUAUUUUUCUUGCAUAUGCUCAGUUAGCCUAUCUUGUCUUUGGCACCCAGGUUGAUGACUUUAGCACAUUCCAGGAGUGUAUCUUCACUCAAUUCCGUAUCAUUUUGGGAGAUUUCAACUUCACAGAACUUGAGGAAGCUAAUCGAGUUUUGGGACCCAUUUAUUUCACUACCUUUGUGUUCUUUACAUUCUUCAUUCUUUUGAAUAUGUUUUUGGCCAUCAUCAAUGACACAUACUCUGAAGUUAAAUCUGAUAUGGCUCAGCAGAAGACUGAAAUGGAACUGUCAGAUCUUAUCAGAAAGGGCUGUCAUAAAGCUAUGAUCAAACUGAAACUUAGAAAAAACACUGUGGAUGACAUCUCAGAGAGUCUGCAGCAAAAUGGUGGCAAGUUAAACUUUGAUGAACUUCGCCAAGAUCUAAAAGGGAAGGGCCACACAGAUGCAGAGAUUGAGGCAAUAUUCACAAAAUACGAUCAGGAUGGUGACCAAGAAUUGACUGAACAUGAACACCAGCAGAUGAGAGAUGACUUAGAAAAAGAGAGGGAGGAUCUGGAUCUGGAUCAUAGCUCUUUGCCCCGACCCAUGAGCAUUCGAAGCUUCCCACGAAACCUGGACGAUUCUGAAGAGGAUGAUGAUGAGGACAGUGGACAUAGCUCUCGAAGGAGGGGUAGCAGCUCUAGUGGAGUUUCUUAUGAAGAAUUUCAAGUACUUGUUAGACGCGUAGACCGGAUGGAACACUCCAUUGGCAGUAUUGUCUCCAAAAUUGAUGCUGUCAUUGUAAAACUGGAAAUCAUGGAAAGGGCCAAACUGAAAAGACGAGAAGUAUUAGGAAGACUUCUAGAUGGAGUAGCAGAGGAUGAAAGGCUUGGUCGUGAUAAUGAAAUCCACAGGGAGCAGAUGGAGCGCCUGGUGCGGGAAGAAUUAGAACGCUGGGAAUCAGAUGAUGCAGCUUCUCAAAUCAGUCAGCGGUUAGGCACUCCUGUGGGACCAAAUGGUCAGCCACGCCCAAGGAGUUCCCGCCCUUCAUCCUCCCAGUCUACAGAAGGAGUAGAAGGUGGAGGAGGAAAUGGAGGUGCCAGUAUCCAUGGAUAGUCUGUGCCUUUAUAAAGAGAAACCAGCAAAUCCUAAAUUGCAGUAAUCUAUAUACUAUUUAUAUUUUAUGACCACAGUCUGAUGUUGGUGGUCCCUUUGACCAUUUGUCUUUUUUUCCUCUGCACUUUAAUUUAUUGUAUAAAUUUUUUCUCAUAAAGGAAGGCAUCUUUUCCUUUUCUCUUUGUUGAGUAUAGAAACGGCCAAAUCUUUUUUGUAGAAUACUGAAAGCAGUAUUGGAUUGCUGUUGCAAAUCUUACUAUAUUGCAUCAGUUGAUGAUAAAUUAGCCUUUUAUAUAAACCAGCAGCAAUAAUGCUUUGAGAAAAAAAAAUAGAAUUGUUUCCAAAUCCCCCCCCAAACAGCAUUGUGUCAUCUUUGAAGUUGAAGAAUGGUUGAGGGAAUAUAGCAGUAUUAACUUAAGUUCAGAUUUAUCUAAAUAUUUCAUGUCACAUCAAGCUUAGUUCUUAGCUUUACUUUUAUUUUUUUUAAGUCUUUGUCUCAACAGGGUGACCAAUAUGAAAUGUACACGAAAGAUAAGAAAGAAAGGGACUCUUAAACCAAAGGAUGAAUGGUCCUGCUUGGAAUUUCUUUGCUUGAUUAACACAUUUAGCAUUUAUAUUCACCGUCCACUUAAUGUAUCGUUUAUUAAUCUGUGAAUAGAACUAAAACCAUACUCUAGCUGUCACAUGAACAUUGAUUUGAAUUCAUGGGGACAGAUAAAGAUACCAUAGUGAUCUCUCUACCACAAAGCCAUAAAAUAAGAUUAGAAAGGAUGUGGAGCACUAGUUGUUCCCUAAAUUAAAUCAAACUAAAUUUUUUAGUACACUUGGGUGAGAAAAAGAAAAAGAUCUUUACAGUUUUCAAACCAAGAUAUAACCAUAUGGGGAAAUCAGGACUAAUUUACUAAAUUCAUGUACUAGGAGAUUUAAAUUUUAUAAGAAUUUAUUAAAAUGUUAAUAUUAGGAUAGCAUAUAACCAGAAUGUACCAGUUUUUUGGAAAGGAAGUUUUGAUAUUGAAAGUUAGAUCAUUGCUGAAAGAUUGGUUUAUUUUGGAUUUGUAGUUGCCAAAUUUUAGAACUUUAUGUUUUGAAGGAGAGAUGGUAUAUUUGAAGGAAAAAAUUCUGCCAGGUGCCAGGCCUGGAGUUAGAAAGACUUAUCUCUCUGAAUUCAAAUCUGAUCUCAGUCACUUAGUACCUAUGACUUAGUAUCUAUAACCCUGAGCAAGACACUUUACCCUGUUUUGCCUCCAUUUCUUAAAGGAGAAGGAAGUGGCAAACCACUCCAAGUGUGUCUGUCAAAAAAGAUUUUGUGGAGUCACAGAGUCAGACAUGACUGAAAAUCACUAAGCAAGAGGAGAACAAAAUAUUUCAGGGCUUGAUUAUAACAUCAAGAAUUGAAAGAAAUAGGUAGGUCAGGAUCAUUUGGGAUUUUUGGAGUAUGGAAAUUGUUUAUAUGAAUUACCAUGUUGGUCAUCCAUUAAUUGAAAACAUAAGCAAAUAUUGUCCCUCAGAUUAGUUUCUUUCUUUUUUUUUUUUUUAAUUUAAUAGCCUUUUAUUUACAGGAUAUAUACAUGGGUAACUUUACAG